GGGAAAUGUAAACAAACACUGUGGAGCUGUGGAGGGAGCAGUGAUUUCGCGGGGUUUAUGGAAAUAUUUCAUGGAAGGUUGUUCAUUGAUUAACUAAAAAUUAUUUAAGUCACUUGACAUGUAUAAUAUGUUCCCAGUAAGACACAUGUAAUAUAACAAUACCUUUUGCAUAACAUCUCAAGUUGAACUUUGAAGUUGUCGGUUGGUUGAAAUGAAAAGCUUCAGAAGUUAUAUUGAUUUGAGUGAAUAUGUUACUGAUGGAGUGGACUCGUUGCCAUUACCAACGCUCCUGCCAGGAGAGGAGGUGAGGGCAACUGCCAAUGAUGUGCUGCUCUACCUCCCAUUGGCCGAGCAGGCAGAGGGCAUCCGAGGCCGCCUGGUGGUCACAAACUUCAAGCUGGCCUUUGUCGACAGCAGCAGCACCAAUGGAGAGAGGACGUCGCCGCGCAGUCUGCUGCUGGGCGAGCACGAGAUCACCCUGGCCAACGUCGACACGGUCCACCAGCUGCUCUCCUCCGGCGGCAAGACCCGGCCGCUGCCGCCCCAUUCCACCGUCUCCGGCAAGAUCAAGGGCAUCCAGAUACGCUGUAAGGACUUCCGCCUGUUCACCUUUAGCUAUCGACUAUCUGGCGUCAACGAGAGCGUGGACGUGACGAACGCGCUGCUGUUCCACUGCCAGCCGGUGGCCGUCGGGCAGCUGUUCGCCUUCCACUACCGUGCGGAGCCGGUGUCGCCGCCUCCGUUCGGGGAGCUGGACACGGCCGACUACUGGCAGGCCGAGCUAGAGAGGACGGGUACCAUCGGCUGGCGGGUCAGCCACGCCAACGAGAUGUACCAGAUGUGCCGCAGCCUGCCGCAGGUUCUGGUCGUGCCGAAGGGGGUGUUCGACACCGACCUGGUCGCCGCUAGCAGCCACUUCAAGGAGCGCCGGCCGCCCGUCUGGUGCUGGGGUAACUCGGCAGGCGCCGCCAUCGUCCGGUCGGCCUACACACACCCAGAGUUCCGACAGAGCACGGAGGAGCGUCGUGUGCUGGAUGGUAUCCGCGCGUGCCACCCGUUCCAGAAGGAGCCUGAGGUGCUCAAUGUGGGCGCCGAAUGUCCUACUAUCGAAGGCAUCCAGGAGAGCUACUGUAAACUGCGGCAGCUCUGUGCUCCGGACAGCGUGCAGGCGUUCGAGCUGAGCGAUGACCGGUUCCUGAGCCAGCUCGGAGCCACCCACUGGAUGCGGUUCGUCUCCCGCUGUCUGAAGGCCGCCGUCACCUGUGUGAACGUCAUCACAGAGGACGGCGCCGCCUGUGUGCUCAAAGAGUCUGGCGGCCGCGACCUGACCGCUCUGGUGUCGUGUCUGGCGCAGCUGCUGCUCGACCCGGCGACCCGCUCUCGGUCCGGGUUCGAGCGUCUGGUGCAGAGGGAGUGGGGGGUGCUGGGACACCCCUUCCAGGAGAGGCUGGGCCUGCUGUACGCGCCCGACGGCGGCAGAAAGUCGCCAGUGUUUCUGCUGUUCCUCGACUGCGUUCACCAGCUGGUGAUCCAGCACCCAGAUCAAUUUGAGUUCACCGCCACCUACCUGGUCUGUCUCUGGGACUCGCUCUUCGUUCCCGUGUUCGAUACAUUCCUCUUCAACUCGCAGAAACAGCGCGUGUUCGCCCUCGAAGGAAAGGAAGUGUCCUCUCGUCGCGCGCUGCCCCGCCGGCCCGUCUGGCAGUGGGAGCAGCAGUUCCCCUCCGAGUACCGGGAUCUGUUCGUCAGUCCGCUGUACGCGGCGCGCGCCGUGCUGGGCGCGGCGGAGCGGCCGUCGCCGCUGCCGGUGGCCGCCUGUGUGGCGCAGCUGGAGCUGUGGACGCUGGCCUACUGCCGGUGGUCGCCGCUGCUGCACUGCCCGCGCGCCGGCCGGCCGGCGCAGCAGGCGCACGAGCGGCACCUGCUCGCCAGACUGCAGCAGCUCACCGCCUGUGUCGAGUCGGAGUGGGACGGCGUGGUGCGCCGCCGCCCGCCGCCGCCACCCCUGCCGCUGCCGAGCGCACUGCCCGGCUCUCUGGCGCCGUUCGGGCCGGCACGGAACGGGGCUGCACCGUGUCGCCUCCUUGGAGUCAGCUCAGGGUUUGUGAGCACCUUGCUGAGAGGCAGCAUCGCCACCACGCCAGACGAGGAGGACGGCGGACCGCAGAGGCCGCAGUACGGGUCCUAGGUGCGUGCGGUCACCGGUCGGGACGGGGUGGAGCCUGUCGUCCGGUGGUAGGUAAAGGCAGCUCAGUUUCGGAGUGAUGAAUAUGUGCACUGCGGUUUGUCAUUUGAACGACUCGGACGACCCAAUGCCGAAAGUACGCGAGGUGGUCACUGUUAAUCAAUCAAAAUGGAAACCUGUCUUCUGGUAUGGCUGACCAAAACAUUCACCCUGUCGGUGAUUUACACCACUUUAAGUAUCAGUCUUUCCGCCCCCCCCCCCCUCCUGCUACACGGGUAUAUGCAGCAGUGUGCCUUGUCUUAGCCUUUGAGGAUCACACCGUCGCGGGCUGUGUUCCGACGGUGCGGAUGUCAAGCUGCCUUACUGAUUCGUGACUGAACGGGUCAACACGCUAUUGUGAUCGUCUUCCUACAUCCGAGAUUAUAUCCUUGUGAAAGUCAGCACGUAUGUGGACUUCUCUGUUGUCAGCUUGGUAUGUGCAUGCGUUUGAUGUAUUAUCAUGUGUCCGUGUGGCGUCACCUUUAUUACCGCAUUGUAUUGUCAUACGGCGCUUAUCAGUGCAUGACAUUUGAGGCUGAGGGAAGUCGAGGAAAGUCAUUCCGCCAGUAUUAUUCCCACUGUCGUUCCAGCACUGAAACGGUGCGCAUUCCAUCGGGAACUGCUGCUCUCCAUGUUGUGCGAAGGUGUGUGUUGCGUUGGUGGCACCGCCCGGCGUCGUCCACGUUUUGUACUGCUAGUCCUGAGGCGCAUAAUAUACCAUGGCAAUCGAUGUGGCAAUUGAUGAUCCGUUGCACUAUUCACGUGAUGAUUGUGAUAUCGUUUCGUCGAUAAUGUAUCGACAAAGUGCAUUCUACUUCAGUGUGGCUUGAGUUUGUCCGAAGCAGUCGGGGGACGCAUUUAUUUGUGUAUUUAUGCACGCGAGUCCAUGACCUCAGUGGUAAGAUGAUGUGCGAAUCACAAGAAAAUAAAUGGCUGAUUAUC